GUAACAACGCCUCCAUAUAAACACAUACCCAUCCGUCACCACACCAUCACAUUGGAUUACGCGCAGCUUUACUUUCGUCCAGAGCCAACUAGUGGCCCCAUACCGCAGCAGUAUCAACAGUACCAGAAGUACCAACAGUACCAGAAGUAUCAACAUCAACCGUACCAGCAAAAGUAUCAACAGUAUCAGCAGUUGCCACAGCAUUACAACUACUACAACUACAACUACAAUCAUAAUUAUCAUAACACCAGUUCACGUUCCACACCGACCCAUUCGCCCGCACCCUCAUACACACAUCUUCACCAACACUCACAUCAUCAACAGCAUCAUCUACAACAGCAAGAGCUACUCAUCCAACAACAUCAACUACAGCAGUUACAACAACAACAGCAACAACAACAUCAGCAGCAACAACAUCCGUGCAAUUAUUAUUCAACGCCGCCGCCACCAACCAAUACCAGUUCGAACCACCACACACCGAGUCAUCACAGUUCGACGUACAGCGCUUACGGUUCGUACGGUUCUUACGGCGGCGCAUACCUUGGCACCAGUGGCAGCGAUAGUGGCGUAGGUGGUCUCACACCAAUCGGACGUAACUAUCGUCGGUACCACUCGAGUGGCAGUGGUGGCAGCGGCAGUAUUAGCGGUAGCAUUGGCAGCAAUUUCCUCACUGCCGGCUCCCAUAGCGCAAAUUACGGGCGCACCUCACCAGCACUGUCGAUUCACGCACGCCCCUUGCUCGCAUCCACAUCGACUGCGGCCAGCAGUACUGGUGGUUGUGGCAGUACAUACGGUUUGGGACUUGGCCUGGGACUUGGCCUCGAUCUCGAUACCAGUGACUACGAAUACGAACGAGCGUCGCUACACUCUGGCGCUUACGCUUACAAACCGUCGUCUUCGCGACGUGGCAGCAGCCUUGCUGCCGACUACUUGUUGGACGUUGCAGCACAUUGCAGCGUACCAUCGCCGGCACUCAAACCUGAGCCGGAUACCGAUCUUGAGCUCGACCUCGAUCUUGAUCUCGAUCUCGACGUGGGCGUCGGCGUCGGUGUUGACGUUAGCGACGUUGACGACGCUAGCGACAUUGGCCUCGACAUUGGUUUGGGCCUUAACGUCGAGGAUAUCGAAGAUCUUGAUAUCCCGGUACCAGAACCGGAACCCGAACCCGAAGCGGACGUGCACGACGAACUUGUUCGCGCGCUUGAACUCGAACUCGAUUUUGGACUUGAUUUUAACACCAACACUAACCUCAACUUCAAUCUCGAUAGCGCAGAUUUCAUCGGACUCGACGACGUCGACAUUGACGCAGAGGAAGAGCCAAUACUCUCGCCAGUGCUCAAUAGAUCUUUGCGUCCAUUCUCCUAUCCGGCGCUUACUAUCACUGCACCAGAGAAUAGUAUCGCAAGCGAAUCACCAAUACCAGCGGCGACGCCGCCACCGACACCGACGGAUUUUCUCUAUCCGCAGUUGUCCAUACAAAGCAACAAGACGUCACCACAACAUCAGCAGCACCAGCAGCAACACCAGCAACAACAACACCAACAGCAACAGCAACAGACGCAACACUACUACCACCAACAACAAAGAACGACGCGUUUACCGCAACACGACGACAGUUGCGAGGAAUUCAACAACAUCACUGACGAUCCGACGUCGUGCAUCGGCCAAAAAAGAAUGAUGGUUAGCCGAUUGUGGAAUAGUUGUUUCCCCAAAUUCACGCCGGAGCACGUGCACCGGCACAACUUCUACUUAUGCCAGUGGCAACGCAACACCCAAGUGCGCAUUGUCUAUCUCUUUUAUCGCUGGAUAACGGCAAUUACCUGCCUGGCCGCGCUCGUUUGCUCACUACUCGAUAUCGGGCGCUCCGAAGAACACUUCGAAAACCACUAUGCGAAAUGGUGGAUCUACCUGACACACUGGGGUCUGCUCUUCUGCACAGUGCAGGCAUGGCUGGCGGCGUGGAUUGUGACGCAGGGCAUGAUGGUGGAGCGUGAAGAUUUUGAGGUUGUGCGACAGGCGAGGAAGAGCCGUCUUCAUCACAUAUACUGGGUGCUGUACACGUGUGCCACUGUGUAUUCGUUCAUCAUAACGAUGUGUUAUUGGUUUUUGGUGCACGAUCCAGAAAUUCACAAAAUAGACGCUUUAAAUAUAAUGGUGCAUGUGUUCAAUUCGGUGAUUAUGCUCAUCGAUUUAGCUAUUGUCGGACAUCCGAUCAAAUUGAGUCAUGUCUACUUUACGACUGGCAUCGGUUUGGCGUAUGGCAUUUUUACCGGUAUUUAUUUCUUAGCUGGCGGCACAGAUAGAAAAAACAAUGUCUACAUCUAUCCCAUGUUGGAUUGGACCAAACCGGGCAAGGCUAUCAUCGUCACUGUGUGUGCCGUCAUUUCCGUCUUUGUGGUGCACUUCUGUUGCUAUCUCCUGUAUCGCACGCGCGUCUGGCUAUUUACAAAACUUUGCAUACGCGGCGCGCACAACCGAGAUGGCGAAAUGGGCGAAGGUCUGCAUGAUGAGGCGGCGGCGCGUCUAGGCGGUGGCACCUCCCAAGAGUACUCACACCAGCAACAGUAUCCGAUUCUUCAUUCGGAACAGCCGCGCACCAGCCAUCACCAUCAUCAGCACACACAAAAUCAGCAGCAGCCACAACAACAACACCAGUCUGGCGGAAAUGUGCAAACUGUAGACAUAAUGAGCGGAGGAGGAGGAGGAGGAGGAGGAGGAGGAGGAAGAGGUGGUGGUGGCGGUGGAUUAGGCACCGCCACACAACAUACCACACCGCCUUACUAUCCGCAAUACUCCGGCUAUCAGCAGCAACCUGUGGUGGCGGGCGUCAAUGUUGGUGUACUCAGCGCUGGCGGCUACUAUCAAUCGGAAAAUAACAACAAAAAUAAACAACAGCAACAACGCCAGCUAGAGCAACAGCAACACCAACAACAACAACAACAGCAGCAACACCAGCAGCAGCAACACCAGCAGCCGCAACAGCAACAGCCACAACAACAGCAAAAACAUUCCUCAUCAGCGACUGCCGCAUCCGGUUUAAGUCGCACCGUGGCGCAUUUAGAUGCGGCACAGCGUGAGCAAUUCCUAAAUCCAAACAAGAUUGUGGAAUAUAAAAUGUAAAGGCGUUGUACCCGGCACCGAUAUACGUUCCACUUGUCCAUGAAAUUCUUGGAGAAACACUGUGCGCAAUGUCAGGAGGCCAAGCGACGCGCCGAAGAGGAAGCUCAUGCCAAAGCGGAAGCGCAAGCAGCAGCCAAAGCUGCAGCCGAAGCAGCGGAAAUCGCAGCGGCCGCAGCGCUGGCAGCAGCCGCCAAAGUCAAGUCGGAAUGCGCAAAAUGUUGCUGAGCGCGAACUGCCAGUUGCAAGAUGUAGUUGUAGAUCGUGGCAGAUUAGUCAAUUUUACUGCCUGCUGCCCGUUUGGUCAGUCUUGAAAUGCUGGCUGGCGUUACAGUGUGAGUUUUAUUGUGAGCGCACGUUGUUGUUGUUUAGGUUAAUUUUUAGGAUUAGACAGUGGUCAGUGGUCAGUGGCUCCGUUGUAAUGGUGUCGGGUAUAGGCGUGAUGGAGACAGGGAAUAUGGCACAAGCGAUUGGAGGCGCUAAAAAUGUAUGUGAACAAAAAGUUGAAAAGGAAAAUGCAAAAAAUGGAAAAUUUUAUAUGAAUAUAAAUGCGGUAUGGGGCCUAGGGUGGGGUUGAAUAAUUUUUAUAAUCAAAAAAAAAAAGCGUACAAGUUAGCGUUAGUGAAGCAGAGUUGUUAUGAAUAGAUGAGGGAGAGCAGAUUUUUAGAGACUUAGUGUUAAUGUGUUCCUUUAGAUAUUUGGUACGUUGGUAAAAAAAAACGUAUUUUAAUUCUCGUUAUAAGUUAAGUGAGAAAAUGGUAGCAAUACGCUUCUAAACUUUACACAUUUAUUGAUUAUUUUACUACUCCUUUUGGUGAAGCCACUCCGUUUUCUAGAUAUAACGCAAACAAUUUUGAAUGACCAUUGAGUUCAAGCCCGCUAGACAUUCAGGAAGAACAUUUUUUUUAAGAUAAUGCAAAGGCGUAAAAUAUUUCAGCCAGAGCAGGCCGCUAGCUCCCGAUCACUAGCAGAAGCUGGCUGCAACAAAACUGAUUAGCUAAUCUUUCCUGGUUGAAUUGAAACCGAUUGAAGGUGAAGUUUGCAUCAGUUUGAAAGUACAGGAGCGCCUACGUUGUGCUCAGCGGUUUCCGACUAUAGGUCAAUGCUCUUUCGUAGCAUAUCAUCUGCAUGUCUUCCUAGAUCCAUACGCCAGCUGCUCAGCAGCGCGUACAGGUUUAUCGUGGUGAUGAAUCAUUCAUCUUCAAAGAUGAUCGUUCUUGGUGGUACCAUUGGCAAUUAUUCCAAAUGUUUUGUUGAUAGGGAGCGUAAAUAACAUCGAACUAAAAAAAAUUAACUGAUAUUUUCUCCAAACAUUGUUCACGACUUAACAAGCCAUCAAGUGAUAGAUGAAGAUAGAGUACGAUAGCAGCUCUACUAACAGCAUUCGACUUGAAAAUUGAGAUUUGAGAAGUUGAGCCAAGAAGCAAUGCGAGAUUUGGUAACCCCUAAAACACUCAGGCUAAAAGCCCAUUGUAUUUAACGCUCUGGAAAGUGAAAGAGUUGAUAGUCAAGGAGGAAAGAAGAGAAGUAACAGAUCGAAAAAGAUAGGAUAGAAUAGAGAAAUAGAGGUAGUAAGACAUGUGAGAAUUUUCUUGCUACUUUGGUGCAUCUGAAAACAUCCUCCAGUUUGAGAGAACGAGUUUCAAUCGUUCUAAUGUUAUCGGAACCCAAAAUUCGUAGACUUGCUCUAACAAAUAAAGGUCAUACACAGAAAAAAUGCUCAGUGCUAUCCGGCUCCUCAUCGGGAACUUCAAUUUUUGAACGCCGCAUUGUCCUGGACCCCAUAUUAGUACAAGCUUGUAGCGUCUUGCAACAGAAUUAAGCUUCUUCUUACCUUCUUGAACAAUCUUUGAGGCUUACUCUGCGUUCCCCGGAGCCAUUAGUGCAGCCUGAUUUCCUCUAAAGACUCCAAUCUGUUGUCUCGCUCCAUCUCUUCUCCUUUAUCAAUUAUUCUCCUACUUUCAGAAUGGCGAAAAUGGUCAGCACUUGAAUGGGAUCAGAGUUGGUAAAGGGUUACAAGAAAGCUCAAGGUGGAAUGAUUUUCGCGGAAGCUUCCUUUCUUUCGUAUUUAUUCAGUAUUUAUUCAUACUAAAAGCACUAAAAAACUUAGGAAAGUAAGAGAUUAAAAAUAAGAGUUAACCGUUUUAGCAAUUUCAUAUUUCGCUAUAGAAAAAUCAAGUGAUUUAGAACUCGAGAUCUUAUUUCAUUCACUAAGCGCACGUGCAAUGUGGUUAAAUAUUAACCACACCCACCACCAAAACCUACACGAAGGGCAGUUCCCAAGAACUGGUCAGAGCGAACUCUGACUGCUCCUCAUCCCCGUGGUACCGAGAUUAAGUCUUCGGUCAGACCUUGUACCCGAAGACACUACCAGUUGAGCUUCCACACUGCUCGUGGCAACCCUAGAUUUUAGUCGCCUUUUACGACAUAGCAUAUUUUACCUCUGGCAAAUUCUUAUCCCUGACCCGCUGGGGGAAAAAUGAGAAUACAUUUCUCCAAACUUCUGAGGUCUUAAGGCUUAUAGAGGCCAGCGAGGUUUAAGAAGGCGUAGACUCAGAAAAAUUCAAAGAUCGCAAAGCAAGACCUUCCGAACACACUCGAUACGAUUAAUAGAAUUACUGCUACAGAGAUUGUUGUAGAUUAGGAACGGUGACUGAUUGGCGCUUGUGCUAACCGCUUUAUGCUGCUGAUGAACUUCAUGAGAUUUUUGGUAUCAAGACCUACUAUAUCAGCAGACGUAGGAAAGAAGUGAAAACCAAGAUGCCUAAAUCUUAGUCCCGCAAGCAGCUAACGCAAAAAAGACUUGAAGUAAUUCCAAGUCUCACCGCAUGUGUAUCUCACGGAUAGUAGUGACCUGUGAGAACACCCGCAAAGUUUGAGAGUCGAGAUUUUGUCAUUCUCAGAAGAUCCCUCGAACGCCUCAGAUCCACAAGGGGUCGGAAAUUUUUGUACUUGCCCAGCGCUCGCUGAGUUGACGCGAGUACCAUCGUUUCACGAGUAGAGCGCAGAUUGUCAAGGGGAUGCCAGUCCUCUCCUUCGCGGGGAAACUACCUCACAAAUUUCUUGUCUGGCCAGCUCAUACGCUUCGCAGUUUCCCCGCAAUAUCGCUAUGACCAGGUACUCAGAUGAGUCUUAUGUCAAAAAAUUCGGAUGCGGUCGAAAGUGAAACCAGGCAUUCCCUGAACAGUUUCGAAUGCAGCCUAAUUGCCGCUUGGCUAUCGGAGUAAAUAUUUACUUUCUUAACAGUUAUUACGCAAGUGAGUAACCAAUUAGCUGCUUUGUUUGUUUGUUAACAGUAAUAGAAGCCCCGCCAGCUAAAGGUAGGCCCAGGAAACAUGCUGUUUCGACGGGUUGGGUCCAGAGGGAGAGGGGUGUUAGAUGAGUCGGUUUUAGAGGGCAUGUGAAAAGGUGGUUAGUGUCGUGCGGGGUGCCUUCACUUGCCGGACAUAUGUUUGGUAUGUCGGGGUCGAUGCUGGAUAAGUAGGAGUUUAACCUGCUACAGUAUCAAGAACGUAAAGUUGCCAGUGUUACACGUGUCUCACGGGGAAGCUGGAGCUCUUCAUCUGCUAUAGGUGAUGGUUGGACUCCGAUUACGGCAUUCACAGGACGGGAGCUUAAGAAGGUGGUGACGGUCUCCCGGUGAAUGUCGUUUAUUGACUGUCUAAACACUGUCUAGUCCAGUAAAUUUCUGUCAAUUUUGUUCUGGAUUUCGUUGGCGCAGUUUAAGAGGUGUCUCCUAACGUGCCCGGGAGGCGGCUCAGGCUCAAGCAGGUGUCUGCAGGGGUGUAACCUGCGGUAACAUCCUAGCAGGAAGUGCUUGCUGAGCAGUUUGUUAUGCUCCAUAACUGGGAGCAUUUCUGCCUCGUUGAACAUUGAAGAUGUUGAACGGGGGACAUCAGGAGGCAACCGGUCGCUGUCCGAAUGGCAGUAUUUUGGCAUGUCUGUAGCUUUAUUCACUGCGUGUUACUAGUUCCAGGCGACCAGACAGGCGCAGCAUAGUUCAGAACCCGCCGACCAAUUGCCUUAAAAGUCAUUAGCAACAGUUCUUUGUCUUUGCCCCAAGUGCUGCCGGCAAGCGAUUUGAGGACCUUGUUGCGAUUUUGAACUUUAGUGGCAAUUGCGGUUAUGUGCGCUGAGAAGGAGAGCACCCAAGGUCGAAGGUUACACCCAAAAUUUUGGGGUUGUUUACAGUCGAAAUUGGUGUGUCGUCGACUUUUACCUUAAGGGACAGUUUUACCUCCUUUGUCCAGGUGGUAAAGAGGGUCGCCGUGGACUUAGUGGGGGAAAGUUGGAGAUUCCUCGCAGUGAAAAAGCGUAAAGGGUCGGUGAGGUAGUUGUGCACUUUGGAACACAGGCCAUCGAUGUCACUAGCCCUGUCUAGCGAACAGCAAUUAGCUGCUUCUUUGAUUGCGGCUACCUCUGCUGGAAACACUGCAGUGAUCCGGAGUCUGAUGGCGAGCUCUUCGCAGAAGACAUCUUCGCCAACAGUAGAAACUGUUGAUUGCCCAUUCUAAUUUGUGGAGAUUUAAAAUGUUUUAAUGGUAUCCAAAUAUUUAGUUUUCAUUUUUUUAUAUUGCGAGCUCAAGGCGCCCGAACAGUAAAACAAGAAAUCUAAUUAUUGACAGUCUUCUUUAAUAACUCUGGCUGGUCUGAUAAACAAAAAAUAACAAUAAAAUUGUAUACCAAUUUCUCACUUAGUUUGUAAAAGUAAUAUAUUUUUCUAAUAUUUUACUAUUAAUGCAUGUAGAUCAGUGUUUGACUAUAAGCGAAGACUAAAUGUUUAGUGAAUUUCUUCUGGAAUUUCAAAUUUAUUGAUUGUCAACGUCAUACUAAGUUCAAUGAUGUUAACCCAAUGUCAGCGUCAAUAGUAAUACUUAUCGAGUAUACUGUAUUAUAUUGCAAAAAUGUAUGAUAGUUUAUUUUUAAAUACUUAUUACUUUAAUGGAUUCUUGCAUUUAUUAAAAGUUGAUUUCAGUUUAAUUGAGUGCAUUUCCCAAUCUGCGAGUACAAUACAUAUACAAGUAAAGUCUAUAAAGUAUAUCAAGUUAGUUGUGGAUAGUGUAUAUCGGUGCAGGAACCUUAUGCAUAUACAAAAUGAAAACAAUAAAAAAUAUGUACUAAGUAUGUAUGAAACUAGUGUGAGUAGAAAACGUAGAACGUAGAAAGGCCUUUAAAAUUCAAAAGAUGUAAAUUUGUUAGCGCUUGAAUGUAUAUUUAGGAAUAGCGGGAAACCCACAGUUACAUUAAAAACAAAUAAAAAUUAAAUAAAAAACUAAAAAUCAAAUAUAAAAAUAAAAUAUUAAAAAUAAAAUAUAAAAAUAAAAAAUAAAAUAUUUAUAAAAAAUAAAUAACAAACAUUGUCUAACAGCCACACAAGUAAAACAAGGAAAGCCAAAUGGAAAUAAAUUACUUAGAAAUAAAAAAUAAUUAUUGAAACCUAUAAUUUAUAUGUAAAGGCAUGUGAACAUAAAGAUGAAAAAUAUACAGUAUUAUACAAAGACAUGCAUAAUCUAAUCCCGAAAUUUUCGGGACGUGGGAUUCCGGCAUGUGAACAUAAAAGCGAAAAAAUUGUAUGUAAUAUAGUAUUACACAAAGGCAUGCAUAUGUAUUCAGAUAUGUACAUAUGUAUUAGGGAUGUCACUUUGCGGGACUGGUAAAAUACCGAAAUUUUCGGGACGCGGGAUUCCGGCAUGUGAGCCAAACGAUGAAAAAAUGUACAAUAUUAUGCAAAGCUAUGCAUAUUUGCUUAGAUAUGUAUGUAUUAGGGAUGCCACUUUGCGGGAUUAGUAAAAUACCGAAAUUUUCGGGACGCGGAAUUCCGGCAUGUGAGCCAAACGAUGAAAAAAUGUACAAUAUUAUGCAAAGCCAUACAUAUUUGCUUAGAUAUGUAUGUAUUAGGGAUGCCACUUUGCCAGAUUUUUCUAAUCCCGAAAUUUUCGGGAGCCAAAAACCAAAAAAUGAAAAAACACACUAUACAGUAUUUCACAAAGGCAUGCAUAUAUGCUUACAUACUAGUUAUGUUUGUAUUAGGGAUGUCACUUUGCGGGAUUAGUAAAACACCGAAAUUUUCGGGACGCGGGAUUCCGGCAUGUGAACAAAAAGAUGAUAAAAUGUACAGUAUUAUGCAAAGCUAUGCAUAUUUGCUUAGAUAUGCAUGUAUUAGCGAUGCCACUUUGCGGAUUUUUGCUAGUCCCGAAAUUUUCGAGACCCCAGAUCCCAGCAUGUGAACCAAAAUAUGAAAAUACAAACUAUACAGUAUUACACAAAGACAAGCAUGCUAUGUCAGUUUUCGGGAUUUUACUAACCCCGAAAUUUCGGGGCAAGGGAUUUCGAAAUUUCGGUAUCCCGGUAUUGACAUCCCUACCUUCGUAUGCAUGCAUGCUCAUGGGAAGCUGAAAAGCCAAUUUAUUUUUUACUUGGCUUAUAGAAUAUCUUUCCUUCGCAUACACCAGAGCACACCAAGCCUAUGCAGGUGUGUAUGUGUGUAAAUCUAAACAAAAGGAAAUUAAUUAAAAACAAUUAAAAUAUUAAACUAAACAAACAUCAAUUAUUAUACAUAUGAAUUGUAUAUGUAUGUGUAGAGCAAACCCCAAUAUGCUUAGCAUGUAAAUUGCAAUGUCAAAACAAUAAUGAAAACAUAGAAUUUAUAAUCAAAAAUAAUUUGAAAAAAAAAAUAUUAUAUUAAAUUUAAUUUAGGUACAUGCUAAUGUUAAAAAAUAUGCAAAAAUAAUGAAAAAAAUGCAUACGUAUUAGCAAGUCACGCCAAAAAAUUAUAAUGUGUCAGCAAUGUGGUAGUGAUUAGUUUUGUAAGUAAAAAAUUAAAAAACAAAAAAAUUAAAAAAAUAUUAAUUAUAUGCAUAUACUUAUAAAAUCGACGUAUAUAUAUAUAUAUUAUAUAUUUACACUGCAUAUUCAAAGUGUUUUCAAAUAUUAAAAUAUAAAUAUUAAGCUAAAGAGCAGCAGCUGUGUGAAAAAAGAAAAUUAAAUAAUAAUCGACGAUAUUAAAAAAUCUGCAAUGGAAUCGCUCAUUCAAACACAAAAAAAAUAUACAAAAAAUAAAAAAUAAAAUAUAAAAUUGAAACAAGUAAAUAAAACCCUUAAGAUACAAAAAAUAAUAUAUAAAAAAUAAAACACAAAAAACAGAAUUUAAAAAACAAAAGCCCCUUAAGGUUAAACAAAAAUAUCAUUUGUAUAGCAAUUAGUAAGAUAUAAGAAAAAAAAAUAGACAUAUACAUAAACACAUAUAUUCCAAAUUAUCUGUAAGUACAGCUGAAAACAGUUUAAAUUAAAUAAAUAAAAAAUAAAAAACAAAAAAACAAUAGCAUACAGUAUGUGAAAAAAAUAGAGCAACAUACUUAAAAGGAAACCAAUUUACCAAUACAUACAUACAUAUAAGGCAAAAGCAAUAUUUGUAAAACUCGUCAAGAACAUGUGUUAAAUAUGUAUCACUAGCGCAGACACUGUUCGCAGAUAGAUCAAAAGAAAUGCAAGUACAGUUAGCAACAAAACAUGUCAAAAUAAACACACUCACACACACACAGAGCAGUGCAAAAAAAAUUUUUAAAAUUAUUUGAAAAAAUAUGAAAUUUAUAAUCAAGCGAAAACGAAAACUUGAAUAUGGCAGUACACUGAUAAUAUUCGCAUAUGAACCACAAUUUCAUUAAGCCCUCAACAAGUCAUACUACAUAUAAAAUUUACCUCGCAUGCCCAAAGUGUAAGAAGAGUUUUACACCUACUUAAGUGGUUAGCCUGAGAAGUAAAUACAUAGUUCCAGUUGGUUUCGGUUAACGUUUGCAGAUGAAAGUUUGCGAUGAAAGUCCUGAAAGCAGAAAUUUUGGUAUAUUUUAGGGGCUACUAAAAAAUGUAUCACCUCACCAAGAGAUGUAUGCACUCUCCAAGAAACCUUUUCCGUGUGAAUCGUAAAGUGGCAAUGAAUUAAACCCAGAUUCUUUGACAGGAGUAUUCCCAUGAAACCGGAAUUUUUUAAUCAGUCUACGUUAAUUAUAACGAAAUUAUGGAAAAGAAACGACUGGCGCGCUUUGUUAAAUUCGGCCAAAAUCGCGAAAGCGGUUAUCGGGUCAAUCAAGAAGAAGAAUUUUAGAAAAUAUAUCAUGCAAAAUAAAACCGGACCAUAACCAAGGUAAAAAAUUUUUUGUCUCUUAAGUCAAUGCUUCAAUUUUCGCAACUUUAUAAGAAAUGCAGUGCAGCUUAAAAGUGCUGAAAUCAAGUACUAAACAGACAGAGUGCAAGGUAGUGAAAAAUCAGUUUAAAAAAUAAAAAAAAGGAUAGGAUGUCAAGUACUGUCAAGUUGUCAUAGAGCAUUUCCUACAUCAUUUCCUCGACCAUUCAGCGCCUCUAUUCCUCAUUCCCUUGACACGCUUUGCCCGAUAAGGUGCUGAAUUGGUUAUUCCACUCAAAAAAAAAGUGCGUGUAGCGUAGUACACAUAACAGAAGUGACAAGGCAGACAAAGAAAAAGGGAGAGACUCGAGAGAGAAUGAGAGUGAGAGAGAGGGAGAGAGAAAUAAUAUAUAUUUAAAUAAACUCACAACAUUUGCAGAGAAUACAAAUAGACAAAUUUACUAAAAACGGAGAAGAGUCGACCGGUGUAGGUAAACGCCGGACACAAACCGUGGCAGCAACGCGCACUACUCCGAGCGUUUAUCACCCGCACAAACCAGCGAUUCUAGGACCGCAGCAACGGCACAAAUUACCGCAAGGCAAUACCAAUAAAUCCGACGCCGGAAUGGGUUGCACUUUAAAGUACUCACAAGUACUAGCCAGGAAACGGAAAUAAGCGCCAAAAAGUAGGCACAAAGAAAACUCCAAAAAAUUGGGACCAAAAAUGCCCCAAAAAGUAGGCACCAAGGAAAUAUAACGCCAAGUAGGCACCAAAAAUAUAUUUCCUAUACGUUUGCACCAACAAACAAGCGCUAAAACGUAGGCAGUGUUAUUUCUCACUAGAAAUUAGCAACCACAAGGAAAAACUCAGGAAAAAUAGCCUAAAGUUUAUCUAAGAUAUAUAUAAGGUACAGCUCUCUCUCUCCCUUUCCUCUACGUUACAUCUUUUUUCUCUCUCGCGAAACGAAAAUAUCCAAAACGUUACAUGGCCUUGAAAUAUUACUCUCCAUUCUCGCUCGUCCAUCGACGCCUAAGAAGUUUCACUUCAAAAAUCACUCUGUGUUGCUUCAAAAAUUCAAAUCCAAAUCGAAAAUUCAGAUUCAAAUUCAUUUAUAUUAUAUGAAUCCCAAUUUUAUAUGUAGAGCACUAGUUUUUUUUUUUUUGUAAUUUGCGAAAUUAAUGCAUUUCGUGAGAUACUGAUGAUCACUCAAAGCAUAUUUUUUCUAAGUUUCAUAUGUUUACAGGGAAUACUCUGAUAAAAUUUCCUUACCAAUUUAUAUUGCAUCCUCCGGCCGACAGAUCCAGGCGGCGUGCCAACAGACGGCUGCACAAACUGCCGAACAACAGUGCCCCACUUACUUUUUGUCAGCGAGGAGGUUCAGGUGGCCAUAAACAAAGCAAAAGCUUCCAAAGUCAUUGAGCCUGACAGACUUAACAUGGUGAUGCUGAAAAACCUGGAGCUCUAUUAGGAGUAUAAUUUCUGACAAGGGUAUUAAUCGUAUCUAUGGUCACUUUCAUAAUUCCUAACAAGUGGAAAACAGGGAGGAACUGAAAACAUGCGAAACUCGCCAACCAAGGGCAGUCUUAUCGCCCUCCUACUCCCUCACCUGACCCUAGCCACAAAUCAGCAUGGAUUCUGAAGAGUGUACAGCACCACCACAGCACUCACCGCCAUAAAUAUCCAAAUUUACCACGGGCUUAACCAAAACGACCCCUGCGAUAGGGUUGACCUAGUAGCGCUGGACUUGAAGAAGGCUUUCGAUACAGUCAGCUACUCCGCGCUUCUAGAUGAUACAGUCAAUUCUCCCGCUAGGGCUAAAUAGAUAGUCCACGAACUAUUUGAGUGGACGGAACUCGUCAGUCAUCUUUCGAAACCAAAACUAAAAGCAGAGGAGGAUAAAGCAAGGUGUUCCGCAGGGUGAUAUCCUUUCACCCUUGCAUUUCAACUUCUGCAUAUCGAAGCUCUCCCAGCCACCAGAGUGAGCCUCCCUGGUCUCCUACGCUAACGAUUGCUCGAUAAGAGCGUCGGGCAAUGACAUCGAUGGCUUGUAUUCCAAAGUGAUCGAGCCUUUCUCGCUUUUUCACUGCGAGGAAUCUCCAACUUUAAUCCAAUAAAUCUACGGCGACCAUAUCACAACCUGGACGAAGAUAAAUAGAAGAUAUAUGAAAGAAAGGCUUACUUGUAUAAGGAAUAAGACACUUGUUCUACUUGACAGUAUUAAGUAAAUUGUAAUAGCGGCGAUGGACCUCAUACAAUUAUAUAAUUGGUGCGUGCAUACCUAAAUCCUUUGUUGGAAGUAUGGCCGAGCUCCUCCUCUAAUUUAUGUUGGCAUUUUAGUGUUGUUCCUCUACAGUUUUCUGCAACCGCUAAGGGCACAUGUUUUUUUGAGGAACUUUUUCAUGGUAGAAAUGCAUUUUGAGUUUAGCCUUUGCCUGCCAAGGAUGUUUGUUUUCUUGAUUAGUGCGAUAACCGCUUUCGCAAUUUUGGCCAAGUUUAACAAAGCGCGCCAGUGGUUUCUUUCUCGUGCUAACUGACGUCAUUUGGACACACCAAAUAAAGCCAAGUCCUUCUCCACCUGAUCUUGCCAACGCAGAGGAGGCCCUUCUCUUCUUCUGCUACCACCAGCUGGUACCACACUGAACACUAUCAGAGCCGGAGCGUUUGUAUCCAUUCGAAUGACAUGGCCCAGCCAACGAAACCGCUGAAUCUUUAUUCUCUGCAUUAUGUCUAUGCCGUCUUAAAGCUCAUACAGCUCAUUCAUCCAUCACCUGCGCUAUUCGCUGUCGCCAACGUGCAAAGAUCCAAACAUCUUCCGCAGAACCUUUCUCUCAAGCACUCCAAGGGACUCCUCAGCGGAUGUUGCCCUCGUCCAAGCUUCUGUGCCCUACCAUAGGGCGGUCAUGAUGAGAACCUUAUAAAGUGUUAAUUUUGUUCGUCGAGAGGGGUUUUUAUUACCCAAUUGUCUACAUAGUCCAAAGCAGUACUUGUUGGCAAGAGAGCUCCUGCAGUGGAUUUCAAGGCUAACAUUGUUAUCGGUGUUUAUGCUGGUUUUUAGAUAAACGAAGUUUCUUACUCUUACUUUGGGAUUCGUCUUGAUGUAUUUCUAAUCUUGAGUUAACUAUAAUGUCAGACUUAUCGAAGUGGUGGAGUAAAUCCAGUAGCACUUCUUCACGAAACUCCAAUUUGUAUGUCAAGGCGGACAGUUUAUUAGGUCUUAUUCCCUCAAUGGUUGCCACACCUUUUUUAUCGCAGAAUAUUUAAAAUGUUUCAAAAAUUCGCUCUCAUUCGAUCUUUUCCAAAGUAACAAUAAAUACCAACUCUCGGAGAGUAGCUUUCAAAAAAGUGUUGAAAUUCAGCCAAGCAUCUUCACAAGACGGGUUGAGUUUUUGUUGAGUUGUCUGUAGAAUUCGCGAUAUUAGCAUGUCUUGACUGGUCAGCAAAUUGAAAUGGAAACUGGAAAGUGAUAACGAAAAAUGAAGGAUUCGUAUCUUAUUGGGAAAUACAUUCUCAGUGGAUUUAUAUUAUACCUUCUAUUGUUAUCGCCCAAAAACUUGCAUCAGGGAGCUUUUGAGAUAUUCGGGUGUACAUUACCGAAACGACCGGGAUUUAUAUCCCGCUAAGCACUCUCACUUAACAUUACCUCCCCAGCAUUCCUCACAAAUAAUGGGGUAGUGUUUUAUUUCACUACAACAACAAUGAGUGCUAUUUGAAUGAGAGUCUCUAACAAGGCAUGAGCUCGGGUAACUUCGAUACUGUAAUUUAGCGGUUAUUUUGACUUCAUCAAUUGUUUCCCCAACAUUUCACACCUAUUUUAUUUAGCUUUUAAAAUUUGAAUAAUAUAUAAAAAAAAUGUAUUGCACACGCAAAAAAAUGUGUUCAUUCAUUUUAAGUAGAAUUAUCAAAACUGCUUAUUUGAAAUUUUCGAAAAACACGAAACUAAACUUUUUUCUUUGCACACAACCUACUUUUAUAAAAAGUAUAAUAAUUCAAAAUCUAAGCGAAAUUAAAUUAAAUAACUUAAAUAUUAAUAAUAAAGUAUUUCACAUCCCUAUAGUCAGUGCACCUUGAAGUUAUUCAAUACAACUAAAGAAAAUAAGGGAAGUUCAAAACUUAGAAACAAAAAGCAUUUUAAUUAACAGUUACAGUUAGUAAAAAAAAUGAUGAAAAUUUCAAUAAAUGCAAAAUACAAAACAAAUUUGAUUUUAUGGUUUUAAAUAAUCCAAAAGUGGGUAAAUAUUAACAAAAAAU